AUGACGGCGCCGAAAGGCACUGGAAACGACGGGUUAAUGGGACAAUCGCGAAACCGCAGUCUGAGUGAAUGUGACUCGGACCUGCUGACCUUGGAACACGAUCAAUGGGAAACGAAAUCUGCAUUCCACACGAGGGAACAACCGUGCAAGGCGACCGCAUCUGGGUCUGGGUAUACGCCCAGCAAACCUCCACCGUCAGACCACGGCGAUGAAGUGCCAGACGUUGAAGUCAUGAAAUGUGCCGAGAUAGCCUCAAAGAACACAAUCGAGCCAUCAACAUCGUGUGUUACCCGUGAUCCGUGCGAAAUCAGCUGCGGAAAAUAUACUCCAACAUGUGCUGAGCUCAAGAAAACGACAAUAUCCACGACCUUCGUGAGCGAUCCACCCGAUCUUCCACCAGUCAAAUAA